UUCCUCGAAGACCCGCGUCUGCGACAGCGCUGGAACCAGAUCUCCCACACCACCGAAGCCGUCACCGAGAACGCCGCCGCCGGCAUCUGGACCUUCCAGCAGGACUACAUCAAUCCAUGUCUAGGCGCAGUUGGCGACGCGAUCGAGCCCUGCAUUACCCCUUGCUUUGGCAACCGCGACGAGCGCGCACGCUGGGCCCGCGCCAGGGAGCAUCACCAGUAUGCCACCCGCGCCGAGUACACCUUUGACUUUUACGAUGACUGGGACGACGACGACGAACUGCUCGCCAAUUCGGGUGGGCCCGGCAUACUAGGCGGCUGGGGAGGCGGCUUGCACGGGGGCGGCGGAGGCGGCAGCGGUGGUGGGACGUCCAGCAGGGGGGAAGACUGGGACCGCCUGAUCGGCGGGUCCGGCGCCGCAUCGAGGAGGAGCAAUGCUGGUGAGGUCGGCGAUCAGCCGAGGCGGAAGAGGGGCAUGAGCUACGGCACACGCGGCGGCAGGCGCAAGAGUGACGAGGAGGACCCCACUAUCAUACCGAGCACAACCCCUCUGGGCUUUUUGGGCCGCCUGCCGUGGAAGAUUGGGGGCACGCUGCGGUACAAACCUAGCGCGGCCUUCUUGCAGGACCACCCCGGCGCGUCGAGUCACCCGGACGAGAACCAGCCGCUGCUGGACUCGGACGGCGGAGACGAGGAAGCCGUCCGCCCGCAGACCAUCAUAGCACAGAACAGGAAGCGAAGUGGCACAGCCGGCUCGGGUGACACGUCGGACUCGUACAGGUCGAGGGGUGAUCUGUUCCCCAGCGACGGUGAAGAGUACGAAGACGCUCUGGAGAUUGAUGACGAGUUCGCCGUGGGCCUCGAGAGGGUGGACGACCGGUCCAGCACAACCAAGGGCAAACGGCCAGCUGGCAGUCGGCGGGUGUCGAGGACGGUCUCGGGAACGACCUUGUCAUCGCGCACGUCCAGGUCCCCGCUGCAGAGCAGGAGAGGCUCCGGCGAGCCGAGCCCCAACAUGGAGAGCUCGACGCACUCGCUCAUGGCCUCCUCGAUCGAAGACCUGCAUCGCGAGGAGGAGGAGGUCAAGCGGCAGGAGGACCAAGAGAUCGCCCGCAAGAGGGAGGCGGCCACUCAGCUGGCCCGGGAGCGUGGGUUGUCGGCAAGUGAGAAC